GGAUCUCUGGAUAGCCUGAGUAGCGAAUUGCACACUUUGCUGGAAUCAUAUCAACGGAGGACUGUUUGAUGUUUGCGGCAUUCAACUUAUCCAUGUCCAACCAAAGCUCUGGAUGCUGGAUACGAAGCGAUGGCUGCUGUAUCUCCAGAAUAUGCCCACCAGACUAAGGGCCCACGAAUAUUGGCUGUCUUUUGGGCCAUGACCAGUCUUGCAAUCCUAGCUGUGGCAGCCAGGCUCUUCAUCCGUAUUAAAGUCUUGCGCAACCCAGGUGCAGAUGACUGGCUGAUCGCAGCGUCAAUGGUUUUCAGCAUAUCAUAUUCUGUCGUAACAACGGUCGACGUCGCUCUAGGUUAUGGAAAACAUGCAGUCGUCAUAGCAGAUAGACUGGAACUCGUUCUGCUAGUCAACUAUGUCAACUUCGCCUUGGGUAUAAUCUCUUUCGCCUUACCCAAAUUAGCCGUGGCAGCCCUGCUGAGCCGUUUUCUGAACCCGACAACUAUACAACGUGCAAUCUUGUGGGGGCUGACGGGGUUCGUGGCACUGGUGUCGUGCAUCUGCAUCUUGGUGCUAUUUACUAUGUGCGACCCAGCGAGAGCUCUUUGGGACACGUCUCUCCUGUCGAAGGGCGCACAUUGUCGAAGCUCGUGGAUCCUGGUAGACUAUGCCAUCUUCACUGGAGCCGUAUCUGCUUUUACGGAUCUAUAUUUGGCAAUUUAUCCGACAGUAAUUUUGCUGAAGCUCCAUAUGUCGCUGCGGAAACGAUUGGCCUUGUGUGCAGCGUUGGGCUUGAGUGCGGUCGCUUGUGCAAUGGCAAUCAUUAAGUGCAUGCAGCUACCGGGCCUUGCUGAUCUCAGCGAUACGACAUUUGCGACAGCAGAUCUUGUGAUCUGGACAAGUAUCGAAUCGAACGUCGUGAUCCUAGCCUCAUGUAUCCCCACGUUACAACCGCUUCUCGAAAUAAUCCUCGGAAAGCGCAGUCUGAGAAGCACCAGCAGAUAUCAGUACAAAGAGAGCAGUACACAACUGCCUGAGUCCAACAAGUGGAGCAGCAAGCGGUCCGGACACCGGAAAAGCAAAGGCAAUAUGAUGGUCGCAGAUGUUGGCAGCCAGGAUAGCAUUUUGCAGACAGUUGACGGUCACGGGGACGAGAGCCAUUAUAUGGGGCACAUCCGUCGUACAGAUAACAUCACCAUUGUGUACGAAAGUGUGACGCCACAGUCAGAUGGUGCUGAUAAUACAAAUAACCAUGUAAAAUAGGAGGACUACACUGACGGGGUCUCUAGCAUGUUCUUUUCUUUUCUGCCUUCUUGUGAGUUGGUCUAUAAUAACGUAAAUGUCGUUUAUCCAUUGUCUAGACGCAAAUUCGCAUGAGUGCUUCAAGAGUAACCUGCAGAAUUGGAGUAUUCCAGAUAUUUUGAGCUUUAAUGCUUGCUGAGUUGGGAAAUUAGCAUGAUGAACCUGCACUGUCAAGCUCAAGUGUUGCGUUGCUUCCAUACCUUCAUGUCGCUGGCACAACGCAAACCUUCCAGUAUGAGAUAAUGUACGUAUGCCGGCCUGGACUUGUGGUCUUGCACGUGCCUGAUUCUCC